GUAGUGAAUGAAAGUUUAAUGAAUUCUAAUAACGAGAAAUUAACAAUAAAAAAUGAAGAUUUUUUUUUUAAUUUUAAUAUUGGAGUCAAUAAAAGUGAUUUUUUUGCAAAAUAUGAAAUCGAUUUAGAAGAAAUAUUUGAAAUUUGGAAUCCAAAAAGUAUUAUCAAAAUUUGGUAUUUAAAAAAUUUUAACAUCACAUAUAAUUGUGAAUUAGAUGUAUCUAGAUUUUUAAUUGGAAUAUCAAAAGAAGAAAAUUGGGCAUUAAGAAUGGUUGAUGCAAGUGGACGACAUAAUUCAGGAAUAUUUUCCGGUAACCGUUAUUGGUUAGGAGCACCAGAACAAUGUCGUGAAAUGGAAAAUAAUUUUUUAAAAUGGAAAAAAGAAGGAAGCAUUUCAGAAAAAUUAGUAUUACCACCUUUUGCAAUCAGCGUUUUUUCAAUUAGUCUAACUCUUGAAAUUAUCAAGUCUGGAAUCAACGGGACGCACAACAUAACACUGGGACUAUGUCUGCCAAUGAGUUGCACCGAAAAGGACGUAAAGGGACUUUUAAAUUUUUCAACAAGCCAAAGGGAAAUUAAAACACGAACAAUUGUUGUUAAUAAUGUUCGAAAUCUUGCCAAUGGUUAUGUUAUUUGGAAUGACAUGGUAUUUUAUAUUUUAAUAGUUGCAUUUAUUGUGGCUUCAAUUCUUGUUGUUCUUGGCACUGGUUAUGAUUUAUUGUUACGACACAAUGCAAUAAAAAAUGAAGCCAAAGAACAAAAGAGAAAUAAUUCUAAUCAAAAUUUUUAUAAUGAUGAAAUUACAAUAUCCAAAUUAUUGGCAGUUAAUAAACAUAAUGCUUCUCUGGAUGUUGAUAAUGCCAAUAGUGUACCAAAACCUUUGUCGGAAGCUUUAUUAGCAUUUAGUUUACUUCUGAAUAUUUCAAAACUUUGCAGUUUUGAUGUAGGAUCUGAUACAUUGGCACCAAUUCAUGGAUUACGAUUUAUUUCAAUGUUAUGGAUCAUUCUCGUUCACAGUUGCCUGAUAACAAAUGAAAUUUCAGAUAGCUCAUUAUGGCGCUCAAAUGCGGAAGCUGAUUUUUUAUAUCAAACUGUUAGCAAUGGAUCAUAUGCAGUUGAUACAUUUUUUUUCAUUAGCGGAUGUUUGGUAGCAUUUCUUUAUUUUCGAACAAUUACAAAAGAGAAAAUUAAAAAGAAAAAAAUCACACACGGAUUUUGUGGACAAAUUAUGCAAUUUUUAGGUUUAAUGGGAUAUAGAUAUGUGAGAUUAACACCUCCUUAUCUAUUGAUAAUUGGUUUAAUUCAAGUUUCAAUGAAAUGGUAUCAUGAUCAUACAAUAAUUGAAUUUCCAACAUUGGAUCAUGAAACGUGUGAGAAAUUCUGGUGGAGGAAUGCCCUUUAUGUGAACACAUAUUUUAAUAUGAAUGAACGUUGCAUGGUAUGGAGUUGGUAUUUGGCAAAUGACACUCAAUUCUACACAGUGGGAAUUAUUAUUUUAAUUAUUGCAGCUAGUUUUACAUCUAUUGGUGCUGCAAUUGGUUUAUUUUUCUUAAUUGCAUCUUGGAUUACCACAGCCAUAAUAACAAUUAAAAUUGAACAUGCACCAAGUAUAGAAAAUCCAUUUGCUCAUUACGAAAGUCUUUAUGACAAACCGUGGACUAGAAUUGGCCCCUAUUUAAUUGGCAUGACAACUGGAUGGUAUUUAUUUAGAGUUAAUUGUAAAUUACAACUUAACAAGCUCAUUUUAAUUAUUGGAUGGACUUUGGCACCAUUAACAAUGAUAAGCAUUGUUUAUGGAUUAUAUGGAAUCAUGUUUGAACCAAUUUUAUCAGCAUUUUAUUCAGCUCUAUCACAUUCUGGAUGGGCAUUAAGCAUCGCUUGGAUCCUAAUUAGUUGUGUAACAGAAAAUGGUGGAAUAGUGAAUAAAUUACUCUCAUGGAAAUAUUUUUAUCCAAUAUCAAGACUUACAUAUUGUGUCUACUUGGUUCAUCCAGCUAUUUUACGAGCAAUUAUUCUACAAUCUGAAACAUCAUUACAUUUAUCACAUGGACUCAUGGCAUUUAUGUUUUUUGGUGUUUUUAUUUCAUCCUAUGCCGCGUCCUUGUUUCUGAGUCUAUUUUUUGAAGCCCCGAUGGUGUCCUUGCUGAGGAUCGUUCAUCCCCUUCGGCAAUGGAAACGUGAAUAAUAUUAUAUAUGUAGAUUUAUUAUGACUGGUCAUAAAAAAAAAAAAAAAAAAAACAUGAAUGGAGGCCAGACUUCCCAUCGCAUUUUUUUUCACCUGCGCUUUUAAUGUAUGUCAUCCACUUAAUAUUAAAUUAUAUAUAUGUAUGUUAUUUUGCAAAAUUAAUUUGGAAUUUCAUUUUUUAAUAAUA